UUUCGUACAUCACCAAGAACGGAAUGAAGAUGGCUUGCUGUAUCAGCAAUCUGAAAGGAAGAAUAUCUAGAGAACACAAUAAGAACCUGUAAAGUACAACAACUGAGGCCAAGUAAAGACCUGAGUUGAUUCGGUAGUGGUGACACACGGAUCAAGGGCGAGGCAGACCACAUGUUUCCUUCUACCACACUGUGACACCAUCCAUAUCUCGGCGAACGUAGGACGCUGACGGUGAGCUAAGCGCUAAGCGGAAGCAAAUUUCUGACGGAUGCAGGUGCAAACAAGGCUGGGGACCGGUUCAUGUCAGCAAGACAAAACAAGAAACAGCGCAAAGGGCGGAGUAAUCCCAACAACCGCGAACGAACAGUCACUACUCUCACGGAGGAUCCCAACUCAUCCUAUCUCGUUCCUACUCCUAGCGAGGAAUCGCCUGCUGUCCUCAUGGGAUCCACCAAUCAAGCGUACACAAUGGCCCAAAAUUUUCCUUUCAACUUUCAAAACUUUGUACAGCAACAACCUUUUUAUCAGCAGCAACAGCAACCCCUGCCUGGCUCGAACGAUCUCGAAAUCCUCGAAAAUCUCAAACAAAGGAUAAAGGCUGGUCAGCACGAAUUUUACCGUGCAAUUCCUAAUCCUGCGGCACUUGCCAGCAUCUACAAGGGUCCAAGUUCUUCGUCGCUUCAUUCAGAACGGGCACCAGACUACCUCGACAGCUCAUCGCCAUCCAAGGCAGGCCCGCUCUCAACGCCAGACGCUUCUCAGAGACCGCGGAAGGAAAACUGGGAAGGUUCGAGGAUGCAGGUGGACAACAACAACGGUGGUGGUCGAUAUGCUGAUGAUCUCUCCAAGUCAACACCUGAUCUAAAUGAACACAAGCCUCAGACUCCCUCAGCAGAUCCUGGACCACAGCGCUCAGCAACGGCCAACGGUUCCGUUUCUCGCAAUGGCUCUUCUGGGAAUCUCAAAUCGGACCCCCAGCGAGCAGAGUCCAGAGGACCGCCACCUGAGGAGCGGUCGAGGACGAGUUGGUCCCACAGAGAUGACGGGCCAUCCAGUGAUGAUAGGCGCCUAUCCGAUGCUCGUACUAACCGUGGCGGCAACGAUCGCACUCUCCUCCCGGCAAAAGAGACAUCACGGCACUACGAGGGAAGAGACUCAGACCGGGAGCGCGACCGAGAUAGAGAUCGGUUCCGGUACAGAGACGACAGAAGAAUGACGGAUGCACGAAGACCACCUCCAGAUCAACGACACUACGAGCCAGACUAUAGCAGAAGUGGUCUCCCUCCUCGUCGUUAUGAUUCGAGAGACGAUAUAGCUGAUGACCGCCGUCCGCCCUCUGCUGACGAGCGCGGACCACGUCCUUCUUUGUCUGACGACCGACUCUCUCGCCUUCCUGUGGAUGUACGUCCGACUGCUGAUUCUCGGCCUCUCAUUUCGGAUUCUCGACCUCUCAUUUCUGAUUCUCGAGUACCACCAUCUUCUCGUCCAGCUGUUGAUGACCGCGAUUUACCACUGCCUUCCGGUACGCCAAGACCUGCCCAGCCAGCUGCACGGAUUCCAGCUGACGAUAGGGCUGCCCGUCCUGCUACACUUGAAGAGCGCAUCAGUCGUCCUUCUUUGCAAGACCGUAUCACUCAACCGAGGGCCGAGCCUUCUCAUACGGGACCUAGUCUUGGAGAACGUCUUUCUCAAUCGACUACAGAACCCGUCAAUGGUCGAAGCUCUCAACCCGAUGAUAGGCUGACACGCUCAACUUCAAGCGUUCCCGAACGUGGUCAUGACCGUGCUGAUACUGCUCGUCCGCCUCCAUCGACGCUAGCCGUAGAUGAUCGUCCCCCUCGACAAGAUGAUCGUACGCCUCGUCCAGGAGGUGAACGAUAUUCCAGACCUGCGUCUCCACCUAGGGCAAGCACGUACAAUCGUGCACCUUCGGUAGCUCGUGAUGAGACACGAUCAAAAAUUGCAUCACCUGUUCCUCGUUCUGAGUCCUAUCGUCCUCCUCCCAAGCUUACGCGUCCAGUUCCGAACAACUACCGUCCAGGUGAGAUUCAAGACGAGAGGGAUAGGGAGAGGGACAGAGAAAGGGACAGAGACAGAGACAGAGUGGACGGAUACUCUGGCCCCGGAAGAUUCUCCCCACCUUCAGCUGCUGACCUCGCUAGAGAUCGAGACCGCUUGAGGCGACAGUUUGCGCCGGACCCGCCUUCCAGGGAAGCCUACGAUGAAAGGGACCGGAGGUAUGUCCCGCCUCCGCCCCCAGCAGAAAGACGAGACUGGCCAUCUUACUCUCAACCGCCCUAUGAAAGUCGGGGCCGUGAUUGGGAUGACGACUAUUGGAAGUACAACAGAGGCGCCGAUCGAGACCGAUACGACGCUCCUCGAACUACCACUGCGAGUGCAUGGGAGACACGAGAAGAGCGCGAACGAAGGACGACGUCUUAUCCUCCUGCUCCUCCUCCUAGGGCCCCUUCUCCAGCACGAUCAUCAUACGAUCCAGCUAGACCUCUGAGCACAAGGUUGACAGACUACCCACCGGCUACUGCUCCUGCAGCUGCAGGAGAUGAUAGGGAGCGAACGUAUCCUCCUCCUCCAGCUAGGGAUGCACGGUUCACGGGAACCGCGACGACUCCCAGCCCGGGAUAUACUGGUACUAGACGUCCACGUAGUCCGAGCCCAAGCCCACUGAGGAACCGACUGGCGGGGGCACCCCCUGCAGAUGACUUGAGGCCUCCCGUGAAGCGCUCGAGGGAGGACUAUGAUUACUAUAGUGGGCGUGCAUCGUACGAGAGACCGGUGUCGCCAGCUCAGGCACCUCCGACGAGUGCUGGGAGUAGCUAUUACGACUCGUCGCGCGGGCCUCCGCCAACUACUGCGAGUACAGCGGGGAGCGGUGCUCCUCCUGAAUAUUCGAGAGAUUACCCAGCGACGUAUGAUAGGCCAGUCAGGCAGAGCUAUCCCCCGAGAAGUGCGGGGUAUGCGAGGGAUCUGAGAGAAGAGAGGCGGUAUAUGCCUCCUUCUCGAUAAAAUAAGCUCUUGAGGAGGUAUGUUUUCUUUUCAUGAGGUUUUCUAU